AUGGCAGCAAAAAUGCAGGCUGGGUCGUCGCAAGCGUUUAGCUCGGGCGCAGGUGGGCCUACACCACGGAUCAACGGGCAAAGAUUGAUGGACUCGCUCCAUUCGACAUGCGAAUUUGGAAAGGCACAUCGCUAUGGCGAUCACCACACAGAAACGGGCAUGGCGCGGCUGUCGCUCAACGACGACGACAAGGCGGUUCGGCUGUGGCUGAAGGAGCAGGCCGAGGCGAUCGACUGCACGGUGACGGUAGACCAGAUGGGCAACAUGUUUAUCGUGCGACCAGGACGGACAAAGGACGUGGCACCAGUGUACAUUGGCUCGCACUUGGACACGCAGAUGACGGGCGGGCGGUACGACGGAAUUCUGGGAGUGAUGGCCGGGCUAGAAGCAUUGCGGACGCUGCACGAGACGGGAUACGAGACACAGGGGCCGAUGGGACUGGUGAACUGGACCAACGAGGAGGGUGCACGGUUCCCGAUGGUGACGAUGUCGUCGGGGGUGUGGGCAGGCAAGGUGCCGCUGUCGGCAGCAUGGGAGUGUGUGGAGAUCACGGCGCCGGCGGGCAGCGAGCCACAGACAUUCCGAGCAGAGCUGGAGCGGAUCGGCUUUCUGGGCGAGCGAGAGGCGUCGCACCGGGCGACGCCGAUGGCGGCACACUUUGAGCUGCACAUCGAGCAAGGGCCGGUGUUGGAGCGAGAAGGUCUGCGGAUCGGCGUGGUGGCCGGAGCACAGGGCUAUUCGUGGUAUGAGGUCGAGGUGACGGGACGAGACUGCCACGCAGGCACGACGCCGUUGGCGGCACGACGAGACGCAUUGCUGGCGGCCGCGCGCAUGAUCGUGGCCGGCAACACGGUGGCGAAGCAGUCGGGUGGCGGCGUGCUGACGACGGGUGUGAUGCGUGUCGAGCCGGCCACGAUCAACACGAUCGCGCGGGUGGCCCGCUUCACCGUCGACGUGCGCCACCCCGAUGCCGACGCGCUGGCGGCCAUGGUGGCUCGCUGUCAGGCCGAGUUUGCGCGCAUCGCCGCCGAGGACUGCGAGCAAGGUGUCGAUGUCCGCUGGACCUGUCUGACCGAGAACGAGCCGGUCGUGUUCCACCCUGACUGCGUGGCCGCCAUCGAGCAGGCUGCCGACGAAGAGGUCGGGCCCGACAGCGCCAUCUCGGGUCAUCGCAAGCUCUGGACGUCCAUCUGGAGCGGCGCCGGCCACGACAGCUGCAAUGCCAGCAAGCACUGUCCGACCGGCAUGGUCUUUACGCCCACGCGCGACGGCCUCAGCCACACGCCCACCGAGUACUGCAGCCCCGAAGACUGCAUCUUGGGCGCGCAGGUGCUCUUCGGGGCGGCUCUGCGGUUUGAUGCCAGCAGGCGUUUGUAG